UGUGGAGGCAGAGAUCCACACAGUAUAAGCUGCCAGUGGCCCUUUACAAACCCAACAAGAACAUCAACAAACUUAGUAAAUUGGAGCUAAAAUUAGGUAUCUUGUUCAUCAUGUAUCUUUGGUCAUCUGUUGAAUCAGCUCAUACUGUUACUUGAAGAAUUACACAUGAUAGCAUCCAGUGAUAGAGAAGCACAUAUAGGUGCCAGAUAGACAGUUUCAACAAUGUGAGAUACGAAGCUCAAACACUGUCAGAAUUACUACAUUCUGAAUGCUGAUGUCUAGUAAAUUGGUGGAACAUAAGUUGAAGUCUCUGUGCCAGUAUACUAGUAGCCUCAUAGUACUCUCAUUUGUUGCAAGUCAAAUGCUAGGAAGCUAGUUUAUGCUAACUGGCCUAACUUCAUAUCUGUUCCUAUUAGCUUUUUUCAUCAACAUCCGUUAAUAAGUUGUUAAUCUCUCUAUAAAUUUCAUUAUCCAUAUUCUCAGUUAACUGCUGGGGGUCUUAAAUUUUGUAAAAGUCAUGUUUUCUUCUAUAAAAACACACCAGAUCUUUAUUGUUAAGUAUCUCGAACAUUUACUCGUCAGAUUGAAUGACUUUUGUUUUCAUCCCUAAUUUCCUUAAUUUCUCUUUCACUCUUAGUUUUAUUUUUUCCAAACUUAAACCACUAACUGUUUCGUUUUCCUCAUUUGAUAUUUUUCUCCUAAUGUUCACUCAGCCUUUUAAAUAAAUUAUGAAAAACUUUAAAGUUAAAACAGAAAAUAAACCAUUCCAGUGUUCAGUGUGUCAAAACGAAUUUUCUCGCAAAUCAAAUCUAGUAUAUCACCUGAGAAGUCAUACAGGAGAGAAACCUUACCCAUGUACAGAAUGUCUAAAAGCCUUUUCUCAAAGAUCAUACCUAAUGAAACACCUGAAAAUUCACAGAGGAGAGAAACCACAUAAAUGUACAGAAUGCCAAAAAGUUUUUUCUUACAAAUCACAUCUAAUAGAUCACCUUAGAACUCAUACAGGAGAGAAACCAUAUCAAUGUUCAGAAUGUCAAAAAGACUUUUCUCACAAGUCAUGUCUAAUAAAUCAUCUGAGAAUUCAUACAGGAGAGAAACCUUACCAGUGUUCAGAAUGUCAAAAAGACUUUUCUCAAAGAUCAUAUCUAAUCAGGCACCUGAGAAUUCAUACUGGAGAGAAACCACAUAAAUGUUCAGAAUGUCAAAAAGACUUUUCUCGGAAAUCACAUCUUAUAGAUCACCUUAGAAUUCAUUCAGGAGAGAAACUGUAUCAGUGUUCAGUGUGUAAAAAAGAUUUUUUUCUGAAAUCAAGUUUAAAAAGUCACAUGAAUGUUCAUGCAAGAGAAAAACCAUAUCAGUGUCCAGAGUGUGAACAAGCUUUUCCACAGAAAAAAAUGCUAAUAAGGCACAUGCGAGUACAUACAGUAAAGAAACCCUAUCAGUGUUCAGAAUGUCAAAAAGACUUUUUUUAUAAAUACCAUCUGAAAAGCCACCUUAAAAUUCACACAGGAGAGAAACCAUUUCAGUGUGUGGAAUGUCAAAGGUACUUUUUUCAGAAAUCUCAUUUAAUAAAGCAUGUGAAAAUUCAUACGGGUGAAAAACCAUAUCAGUGUUCAGAGUGUAUUAAAGCUUUCUCAGAUAAAUCGGGUCUAAUAAAACACUUGAGAGUUCAUACGAAAGACAAACCAUUUUAAACCAUGUCUUUUAAAUAAAUGUAAUUGCACUUUAAUGGCCCAUUUUGAGUUUAAGCAUUUAUGAAACCAAAAAAUUGAUAAAAAUGUAGUCAGUGUUAGAAAAUAUGUUUAAAAUAAUGUUCAUAUUAAAUUAUCAAAUCUGUAAUUUUUUAUACUAUGUUUUUGUAGAACAAUUUUUAUUGUUGGCCAGCACAGCAUUCAAUUGGUUUAUUGUGGGGCACACAGUUGUGUCUGAUGCUCAUUACAAUCUAUGUUAUAUAUUAUUCUGCAUACACACACACACCUGGAGCCACAUGGGGGCCCAGAAACGUGGAGGGCUAAGAUGAUGAUGGUGAUAAUUGGAAACCUCAUGCAUCAACACAUUAGGGACACUACCAGAGAGAGAAAGGAGAGGAUGAACCAGCAAGACUGGACCUAGUAUUCAUAUUCAGUAGUGCAGAUAUUGAGGACAUCACAUAUGAAAGGCCCCUCGGUGUUAGUAAUCACAUGGUUCUGAGCUUUGAAUACAUAUUAGAAUUACUGGUGGAGAGAGAAACAGGAAGGGCAGGACAAGUGAAGCCAAACUGCAAUAGAGGGGAUUACACAAACAUGAGAAAUUUCCUGCGCAAGGUUCAGUGGGACAGAAAAUUGGCAGGGAAAUAAGUAAAUGAUAUGAUGGAAUAUGUGACAAGAAUAUGCAAGGAAGUGGAGGAGAGGUUUGUACCCAAGGGCAACAGAAAUAAUGAGAAGGCCUGGACGAGCCCUUGGUUCAUCCAAAGGUGUAGAGACCAAAAACCAGGUACGCUAGGGGAUGGAAGAAGUAUAGAAGGGAAAGGACCCUGGAGAAUAAGGAGAGUAGUCAAAGAGCCAGAAAUAAAUAUGCUCAGGUAAGGAGGGAGGCCCAACGAUAGUACAAAAAUGACAUAGCAGUGACAGUACAAUAAUGACAUAAUGAAAGCCAAGUCCGUACAAUAAUGACAUAAUGAAAGCCAAGUCCCACCCAGAGCUGUUUUACAGUCACACCAGGAGGAAAACAGUCAAGGACCAGGUAAUCAGGCUGAGGAAGGAAGGAGGGAAGAUCACAAGAAACAACUGAGUAAUAUGAGAGGAGCUCAACACAAAAUUUAAAGUAUUCACAGUGGAGACAGAAAGGACUCCAGAAAGAGUGGUGGGGUACACCAAGUACUGGACACAGUACAUAUAACCAAGAAGGAGGUGAAGAGAAUGCUAACGAACUAGAUACCUCAACAGCGAUAGGGCUGGAUAGCAUUUCUCCAUGGGUCCUGAGAGUGGGAGCAGAGAUGCUCUGUGUACAACGAGCAACAAUCUUCAACACAUCUGUCAAAACAGGGUGACUACCUGAGGUAUGGAAGACAGCAAAUGUAGUCCCAAUUUUUAGAAAAAGACACACACACAGCAUUAAACUACCGACCAGUGUCACUGACAUGCAAAGUUAUGGAGAAGAUUAUCAAGAAAAGAGUGUUGGAGCACCUAGAAAGGAAUGAGCUCGUACCUAAUAACUAGCACAGUUUCAGGGAAGGGAAAUCGUGUUACAGACCUGGCAUAUAUCUUGAGGGCAAGGUGACCGAAGGAGAGGGGUGGGCAGAUUGCAUUUUCUUGGACAGUUCCACAUAAGAUAUUAGUGCAUAAGCUAAAGGAGCAGGCAGGAAUAACAGGAAAGGCAAUACAAUGGAUCAAAGAAUACCUGAAAGGAUGGAAACGAAUGAUGGAUGGUACAGUGAAGUGUCAGAGUGGGCGCCUGUGACGAGCAGAAUUCCACAAGGGUCAGUCCUAGGGCCAUUGCGGUUUCUGGUAUAUGUGACAUAAUGGAGGGGAUAGAUUCAGAGGUGUUCCAGUUUGCAGACAGUAUGAAGAUAAAUGUGAAGAAUUCAGAUGGAUGAGGAUCAUGUAGAGUACAAAGGGAUCUAGACAGGCUGCAAGCCUGGUCCAGCAACUGGCUCCCGGAGUUUAACCCCACAAAGUCAUGAAGAUUGAGGAAGGUCAAAGAAGACCGCAGACACAGUACAGGCUAGAGGGCCAAGGAGUGCAAACCUCACUCGAGGAAAAGGAUCUUGGGGCGAGUGAAAUACCGUGCAGUGGCGAGCACAUAUCUUUAGGCGCACAUCAACCAAAUAACUGCUGCAGCAUAUGGGCACCUACCAAACCUAAGAAUAGCAUUUCGACACCUUAGUAAAGAAUCGUUCAAGACUCUGUAUGUCAGGCCUAUGUUGGAAUAUGCAGCACCAGUAUGGAACCCACACUUGGUCAAGCACAUCAAGAAAUUAGACAAAGUGCAAAGGUAUGCAACAAGACUAAUCCCAGAGCUAAGGGUAUGUCCUGUGAGGAGAGGUUAAGGGAACUCAACCUGAUGACACUGGAAGACAGGAAGGAUAGGGACAGCAUGAUAACGACAUAAAAUACUAAGAGGAAUUUACUGCUUAUGGUGCUGUAACCUAUGACAGCUAAUGGUACUCUACCCGCAAAUUGUAGCUUAUGGUACUGUACCCCUGUAUAUCAGCUUAUGGUAUUGUAUAUCUAUAUGACAGCUUAUGGUACUGUAGUCAAGUGACAAUUUACGGUUCAGUAGCUCCUUUAUAACAGCUUGUACUGUAGCUGUUGCAAAUUGUGGUGGUUAAAAUGAUAACAUGUGGGUAGUUCACCUUUUGUAGCAUAAUACAGAAAACCUGCGUGUCUAGGAUUAUUAAUACAGGUACAACAACAAUUUUCCAAUAACGGAUCGUCCAACCUCUGAGUCUGGACAAAAUAAUGAUACUACUUUUUUGACAAAAUAGUUUACCUGGUGGCCACAGAUGGUGUUAUAUGUACUCUGUUCUCAUAUUAGUGAUCCCUUGAUUCUAUAAAAGUCUUAGCAUAUUUGCUAACAACUCUAUUACUAGUGAUAAGCUCAGCAGCUACCAUAAAAUUCUAAGAUUUAUUACUUUGGUAGUGAUAAUACUGCAGUAUUCUUUGUAAGUACAGUA